CUUCUUUUAGACCCAUUAGCACUAACCUAUUUUAAAAAGUUAUUUUUGGUAUUAUUUGACUAAAAAAUGUGAUACUUGAUAAAGUUAUGAAAAGUUUUCCAUCCCACACCUAUGAUGACUAUGAUAUGUGAAAAAAUACUGACAGCAAUGAUGAAUAAAGCGACAAAUGGUUGUAAUGUGGAGGAGAAGCUUUAGUCAGAUCUGUCGUCCACUGGUUGAUGUUGCCAUGGUAACUGGACGCUUUGUUUACUUCGACCGGUGGACUGGUUGGCCAGAUAUACAAAACGCAUCCUGUUCACUUAUUUCCUCCUUUCUUUGUGACAUUUCAAGGUACUCGAUGAUGUCAGAUUCUCAAAGGCAGCAGGCAAACGAUCCUAGACCCUGCAUCAACCCUGGAAACCCAGUUUUCUCCUGCAUGAUCAACCCUUCGGUUAAAAGUGAGGAGUUUGGGAACGUGUCAAAGUCCCUCUACAGGAGUAUCCUCUACAGGACGACAUCCAGCGACUAUGGCCUUCAUCCUCCCACCUAUGAGAGCUCACCGAUUUCAUUCCAUCCAAAAUCCCAGGCAUUCUCAAAACAAAUGAGCUAUGCUUCGCCUCCACAUUCACAGCUGAUGAUGACCAACCUUUUAGCUGCCAGCGCUACGGAACUUAGCGAGCAGCUAGCAUUCUGCCAGCGCCGUUUAAAGCAGAAUCGGAGCGUUUUAAUGCCGUUGCCAUUCCGCUACGGGCACCCCAUGCGAGCCCUGGAUGAGAGCUUGACCUGAGCCUUGGGUUGUCUAUGAUGUUUUGAGGUUUUCUUAUUGUAUCACCUGACUCCCACUGGUCCAUUUAAUCUGGCGUAUAUUGUUAAUCCAAAAGCAAAUCCCUUAUUGGCAACAUUAUGCUAAUUUAUGUUGACCCCACCCAGCCGACAGGGACAAGAAUCCCCCUAAACCAACUUCUCCAAAUGAUAUGAUAGUAGCUGCCUGGAUCACUUUCUGUGCCUGCAGGAGCCUUGCACAGGUUCUGCUUUUCCUCUCCUCCUCAAAGCCCCUCCCUCCAUUCUGGGAGACCCUUGCUAGCGUGGUCUCCGGCACUGGAACCAUGGGUAACAGCUGUGUGUGCCGAGAGGACAGCGACUUGGAGGACCAUCAUCACGGGUCGUCGAGGGCAACUCGAGGGCAAACUAGACGAGUGGAUCAGAGUACAGCUGUCGGUGUUGAUGCUGGAGAGGCCAGGAGCAGUCGGCCAAGAGACCCGGUCAGACCGCCACGCAGAGGGCGAGGACCCCACGAGCCCCGACGGAAGAAGCAGAAUGUGGAUGGCCUGGUGCUGGACACUCUGGCUGUCAUCAGGACACUUGUAGACAAUGACCAAGAACCUCCGUACUCCAUGAUCACCCUGCACGAGAUGGCUGAGACGGAUGAUGGUUGGUUGGAAGUUGUCCAGUCCUUGAUACGAGUGAUCCCAUUGGAUGAUCCCCUUGGCCCUGCAGUGAUCACGCUUUUGCUGGACGAGUGCCCUCUCCCAACAAAGGAUGCUCUCCAGAAGCUCUCUGACAUGUUGAGUCUGAGUUCAGCGGUCGCACAACAGGAUGCUCUUAACCCGGCGAAACACAGAAAUACCACCGCUGUCCUGGGAUGCCUAGCUGAGAAGCUGGCUGGACCGGCUAGUAUAGGAUUGUUGAGCCCUGGAACCCUUGAGUACCUUCUAGAAAGCCUGAGCUCCGAGGCCCACCCUACAGUCAUGCUGUUUGCCCUCAUUGCUCUGGAGAAGUUCUCCCAGACCAGUGAGAACAAACUGACAGUGGCCGAGUCCUCCAUCAGCAACCGGCUCUCUGUCCUGGAGUCAUGGGCAGACCACCCUGACUACCUGAAGAGGCAGGUUGGGUUUUGUUCACAGUGGAGCCUUGACAACCUGUUCUUAAAGGACGGUCGUCAGUUUACUUACGAGAAGGUUAACCUCACCAAUAUCAAUGCCAUGCUCAACAGCAAUGAUGUCAGCGAAUACCUCAAAAUCUCCCCUUCCGGGCUGGAGGCACGAUGCGACGCCUCAUCCUUUGAGAGUGUGCGUUGUACGUUCUGCGUGGAUUCAGGUGUUUGGUACUACGAGGUGACCGUUAUUACAUCAGGGGUGAUGCAAAUCGGAUGGGCCACCAAGGACAGCAAGUUCCUCAACCAUGAGGGCUACGGUAUAGGAGAUGAUGAAUAUUCAUGUGCAUAUGAUGGCUGCAGGCAGCUCAUCUGGUACAACGCGCGCAGUAAACCUCAUUCUCACCCCUGCUGGAAGGAGGGAGAUGCCAUUGGUUUUCUGCUGGACCUCAGCAAAAAGCAGAUGAUCUUUUAUCUCAACGGACAUCCGCUGCCUCCAGAGAAACAAGUCUUCUCCUCCGCAACGUCUGGCUUCUUUGCAGCAGCCAGCUUCAUGUCAUACCAGCAGUGUGAGUUCAACUUUGGGGCCAAGCCUUUCCGUCACCCCCCCUCGGUCAAGUUCAGCACCUUCAACGACUUCGCCUCACUGCUGCCCAGUGAAAAGAUCAUCCUACCACGACACCGGCGUCUGGCCUUACUGAAGCAGGUUAGCAUCCGAGACAACUGCUGCACGCUGUGUUGUGAUGUCAUGGCCGACACGGAGCUGCGGCCAUGUGGACACGGUGGGAUGUGUAUGGAGUGUGCCUUACAGUUGGAGACGUGCCCUCUGUGCCGCCAAGACAUCCAGACGCGUGUUAGACUCAUUGCCCAUGUCUCCUGACACACUUCCUGCUGUAAAGAGAGACACAAAAGGCCUACAGUUUCUUCCACCUCCUCUUAUUCCUUCUCACGCAACAGGGCUGUGAAGAAAGCGCCACAGUUUUGAGAUGCUAACAGAGCGGUAGGUUCUGGGCUGAAGGGGAAACGAUGGAAGACCAGAGAGCAUAAAGAAAAUAGAUAAGAGGAGGGGGAAUCGGGCAGCUGGAUCCCCAGCAGCUUGUCCCUCUUUGCCUCACCUCCUCUUUUUAUAUCCUUCUGACAACUCAUUGCAGAAGCUGCGCCAAGAAUCGACUUUCUACUAACGAUGAAUUUCCAGACAGAAAGUAUCGGAAGUAAAGAGCAGAGACAAUUAAUCCAGAUUACAGACAGAACCAACUUCUCAUUUGGGUGAAAUUCUAAUUAAAGAUCCUUUCAGAUCUGAGGAUUUCCACUGCGCGGUCAGUCAAAAAGCUACUUCUAUUUAAUCCCAUCACCAUCGUGCACGUGUCUGCAUCACUUAGGGCUGAGUGACCGAAAACAGCCUGUCUUAGAACAGUGUUAACCCAAAGGUACUGAAAAAAAUUUGAGAUGUCUCGGUCACUUCUUUUUGGCUAUAGAUAUGCGAAUUCUUGUACUCUCCAGGUAGCAUUUUCAGUCUUUUCCAGCACCUAUGCGUGGGCAGCUUUACUGUCAGUAUUAAUUGGUAGCCUACAAGUACAGUUUGUUAGAGAUAAAUACAUUGUCAGGAAAAUAUCAGAUGUUGCUAUUGUGCCAUGAAACUUAAGUUUUCUCGUUCCGGUUGAAAAAAAUGUUAAUCAAUCACCUGUCUUUCAUAAAUGGAGUAAACAUGAUUAUUAAUGUUAUACAGUCGACAAUAAGAAAAAGAAAAAAAGAUACUUCGAUGUAUAUUUGAAUUGACUGAUUUUCAUUGUGGGUGACCCUACUGCUUUUUGUGCUUUUUCUGUACUUGGAGGUUGAUCUUUUCUUUAGUCCCAAUCAGUCAUGAGGCAAACAGGGAUUCACAGUAGUAGAAAUUCAGUGUAUGACAGGCGCUAAAUUUAUUCAGAGGUCUCAUUUGGAAACGAUGGAUGUUAGAUUUCAGCUGAAAUGAUUUGCCACUGUAAUGCUGACAAUUUGGCAACAAAGUGUCAUUUAGCUCCAAACUGAGCAAAGCUCACAUCUAGGGUUGUAUAAUUAACUAUGUCUUAAUUUUUGUUUGACAAAAACUGACGCGUCUGUGUGAAGACGACAAGUUUGAGUCCUCAAGAUGUGAUUUUUUUUUCUUAUGAAAAAGGAGGAACAAAGUUGUUGGCUUGAAAUAUUUUUUUCUUUGUUGUUGUUUUUUUCCUUAAAAUUACAUUUUAUGGACCGACCAGUAAGUUGCUUAAAGCUAAUGUGAAAUCUUUUAGUUGUUUUUCCUCUUUUCUCAGGGUCGUCCUUGUAUAUGAUAUUUGGCUUUAAAAUACACAACAAAUCGGUAAAAAACAAAAACAAAUUCACACCAGUUUUUUUCAGUCGACUGGGUCAGACUGACAAAAUGUGGCGCACCUCUUAAUGCCCUGAACAUGACAUGCCCUUCUUUCACAAACCUCUUCUUUUCUUCUUUGUCAGCAGUUUUGUGUUUUCUUUCCAUUUAUUCUUUACUUGAAGCAUCUCUGGGUUUACUGAACUGUAUUUUGGAAACGGGUGACAACACUAAUACAUGAGAGAUUGAUUCAGAAAAAGUGUUUGUACAACUUGAACUCAAUGGCUUUUUGAAAUUUCAACUCUGAUUUUACAUGUAUCACUAUUUAUCAGAGACCCUCUUUAGCCAAAUAGCAUGAGCAGAAUAUAUAAAAUAAUCCAGAUUGUACUCAAUUGACUUCUGAAAUAUCAAGCAUAUCUCAGUACUGCAAAAGACUGGUAAACAUUGUUACCUUGUAUUUCCUGGAGCACCUUACACAUGAGAGAAAAGUUAUGUCUGUGGUUGGAUAUUAAGUUCAGGAUUAUAAAGAUUAUGUUGUGAGUUAUAUUUAAAACUGUUAUAAAGGAAAUAUGCCCCAGAGUUCCCAAAGAUGUGAUUUAUUGAUUUGUUGUUUCCUGUUUUGUGAUAUUUGUAAUAAAUGUAUGUAAAUGUC